AUGUGUCAGCACAAGAAUCGCAACAUCGUGUACAAGUUCAUGAAGCCUUCCGUGGGUGCAUUAUUGGCUUUGGCUGAGAAGUCUCCCCCAGAGAAUGAGGCUGUCAUUGAGAGAAGUUAUGGAAAGAUACUGAGUAUAAUGGACUCGCCUUUGACAGUUUAUCAGGAGAGAGGUGUUCACACUCUCUUGCAAUUCUACGAUCCGCCUCUGCGUUGUUUCAUUUUUGUUGUAUUUCAGUUGAUGCCUACUUUGGAGGAGUAUUCAUAUCUGGUGGGAGUUCUGGUCAAACAUCAGACGCCUUUCUACAGUACUAUGGGCGUUCUGUCAUCUGAUCAGUUGGCACCUGCUCUUUAUUUAAGCAAGUCAUGGGCGGAAGCUAACUUUGAAUCUAAAGUUAGUCGUUCUGGUUUCUCUCUGGAGUCUCUGUUGAAGAGGGCUCAUGUUGCUGCUGACAAGGGGGUUUGGAAAGAUUUCAACAUUCUCUUGGCUUUAUGUAUCUAUGGGAUAGUCUUGUUUCCUAAGAUACCUGACUUCGUGGACAUCAACGCCAUUCCCAUCUUCAUGGUAGGGGAUCGUGUUCCUACUUUAUUGGGAUAUGUAUACCAUUUUUUGCACUCCAGAAACUACAAGGGAACAGGAGGUGUUGUGAACUGUUGCAUUCCGUUGUUGUACAUGUGGUUCAAGAAUCAUUUGCCUUGCAAAGGAGCGUUCGUGGCUACUCAGGAUUCUUUGAGUUGGGCUAAGAGAUUGAUGGGACUAAAAUCCAAGGAUAUUCGCUGGUAUGCUGCGGGGUUAGACUGGAAAGAUGACGAGAUGAUAUUCGGUUGUGGGGAGUUUGAUAGCGUUACUCUCAUGGGAAUUCCAGGCGGUAUUAAUUACAACCCAUGUCUUGUUGUGCGACAAUUAGGUUUUUCUUUAGUGGGUCCUCUCGAAGAUCGAUUUGUGAAAGAAGCUUUAUACUAUGAUGUGUUGCAAGAUACCGCUGCCUUACAGAGAGCCGUCAGAGCGUGGAGUCACGUACGAAUGAAAAUCAAGGCAGAUUUAGGAAAAAGAGAUUGUGUGGCUCAUCCUGAUUAUGAGGAGUGGGUGAAGAAGAGAGUCGAAUGCAACGGGGUUCCUUUCCCUCCUGAGGAACCAUUGUAUACGCAUGGGCCCGAUUUUCCUAUUGAUAUGUCAUUUAGUAAUUUUCUGAAGAAGGCGGAUGCCAACGAAAAGCUACGUGAAGAGAAUUUGGACUUGAAUAUGUAG